ACAAGCAUACAGACGUAUGGAGAGCAAUCCCUCAUACUGGAUCUAGGUUUACGUCGGCGUUUCACAUGGAUUUUCAUAGUAGCCGACGUCAGUCACGCCAUCCUCGGAGCAGAUUUCUUGAGUAAUUUCAACCUGUUAGUUGACGUCAACAAUAAAAAACUGAUUGAUAACAACACCCAUCUAAAGAUCCAUGGAAUUAUCUCCAGCUAUUCUGUCUAUAAUAUCAGUAUUGAAAGACCAGCAGAUUGCCCUUUUUCCUCCCUACUUCACCGUUUCCCUAAAAUUCUUAAGCCGUCGUACAACAUCGAGGACGUCCCUCACACAGUUACUCACAAGAUAGUUACUACGGGUCAACCAGUUCGUGCUCGUCCCCGUAGAUUACCCCCGGACAAAUUGGCAGCAGCCAAGGCAGAAUUUGAACACAUGAUGCAGCUCGGCAUCAUCAGACCCUCCAAUAGUCCUUGGUCUUCGCCCUUACACAUGGUGCCUAAAGCUGAUCAUGAUUGGAGGCCAUGUGGGGAUUACCGACAUUUAAACAAUGCCACAGUUCCCGACCGUUAUCCUAUUCCUCAUCUUCAUGAUUUCUCCCUGACAUUACACGGAAAAACCAUUUUUUCUAAAGUAGACUUGGUCAGGGCCUAUCACCAAAUACCAGUUGCCCAAGAGGAUAUCGAAAAAACGGCCAUCAUCACACCUUUCGGUUUGUUUGAAUUUCUCCGCAUGCCAUUUGGCCUAAAGAACGCAGCACAAUCCUUCCAACGUUUCAUGGAUCAGGUCACACAAGGUUUGGACUUUGUAUUUGUAUAUAUCGAUGACGUUUUAAUUGCUAGCUCGUCGCCCGAAGAACAUACUGAUCACCUCACCAUCUUAUUUCAACGAUUUGAGCAAUAUGGAGUCGUCAUUAACCCCAAAAAGUGCAUAUUCGGUGUCUCCUCUAUACAGUUUCUGGGACACCACAUAACCACGAAUGGUAUUACGCCUACGGAGGAAAAGAUAGAGUCCAUCAAAAACUUCCCCGAACCAGAUUCACUCAAGAAGGUCAGACGUUUUUUGGGGAUGUUUAAUUUCUAUCGGCGUUUCAUUCCUUCGUGUGCCUCCAUCGUCCAGCCGUUAACCGACCUCCUUAAAAAUGAUCCUAAAAAGUUUCAGUGGUCAGCUGAAGCACGCGAAUCAUUUUGCAACGCAAAAGAUGCCUUAUCCAGAGUUACUAUGCUAUCCCAUAUCAACCCCGAAGCGUCGCUUAUUUUGUGCACAGAUGCCUCCCAAGUAGCUGUAGGGGCAGUAUUACAACAAAAGAUGAAGGGCGAAGUCACCCCACUCGCAUUCUUUUCUAAGAAGUUGGAACCGGCUCAGACACGAUACAGCACUUUUGGGAGAGAAUUGCUGGCCAUAUAUCUUGCAGUGAAGCAUUUCAGUUACUUACUACAGGGCCGGCAUUUCACUAUUUUUACUGACCACAAGCCCCUGUGUCAUGCUUUCACUACUUCACUUGAUAAACACUCCCCUAGAGAAGCCAGACAGUUGGAUUAUAUCUCCCAAUUUUCAACCGACAUUCAGUACAUCAAAGGGGAUGCGAACGUGGUAGCCGAUUCUCUUUCAAGAAGUGACAUUAACCAGCUCCAAACGUCGGUAGACAUCAGUCUUGAUCGUAUGGCUCAAUUACAAAGAGAUGACGUUGAACUCCAAACCUGCCGCAGAAACUCUUCCUUACAACUCAAAGAUGUGCCUAUCCCCUUAUCAGAUGCAACCAUAGUCUGCGAUGUAUCUACCGGCACUAAUCGUCCAUUUGUCCCUCUCAGUUGCCGAAAAGCAUUGUUCGAACAUUUACAUUCGCUUUCCCACCCUGGAGUACGCGCCACGGUCAGGCUGAUCAGCGAACGCUUCGUGUGGCCUAAAAUGAACUCUGACAUUCGGAGAUGGGCACGAGAAUGUAUCCAAUGCCAAUGCUCCAAAGUACACCGCCACACUAUUACAACCCCGAAGACGUUUAAAUUACCCGAAAGGAGAUUUCAGCAUAUCCAUAUAGAUAUCGUGGGACCAUUGCCAACAUCAAGGGGAUAUACACAUAUCCUGACAGCGAUUGAUAGAUUUACUCGUUGGGCUAUUGCAUGCCCCUUAAACGACAUAUCUGCUGAAAACGUUGCUUUAGUUUUUCUCGACCGUUGGGUGUCAAACUACGGUGUACCAACUACUAUUACAUCCGACCGCGGUCCUCAAUUCCAAUCGACACUCUUUCGCGAACUGACGAGACUUCUGGGAGUGAAACAUAUCUCCACAACAGCCUAUCAUCCGGCAGCGAAUGGUCUAGUGGAAAGAUUCCACAGACAACUGAAAAGCUCCCUGAUGGCGCAGAAUGAUACAUCUAAGUGGAGUGAAUACUUACCUUUGAUUUUACUUGGUAUCCGAUCUACUAUCAAAGAAGAUUUAGGAUGUACACCGGCUCAACUUGUCUAUGGCACCAACCUAACCUUGCCUGGACAGCUAGUCCCCUCAGCCGAUUCCACAGACGUGAACAUUGCCGACUUCACUAACCGAUUAACUAGACAAAUGCUUCAACUUCAACCAACAGCACCUCGACAAUCUCCCCGACGAGAUCAGAUCAACAAACAUCUACAAACUUGCAAAUUCGUCUUCAUUCGAGUCGACGCCAUCAGAAAAGGAUUGCAACCUCCAUACGAAGGACCCUUUCAAGUUAUUAAACGUUCAGACAAACACUUUACCGUGAACAAGAAUGGAAAACGAGAGACUAUUUCCAUUGAUCGAAUCAAACCCGCAUACACCGACAACGACUUCGAAUCUACAUCGGCAACUGCGCAAUCAAAUAAUCAAACAUCCGAUUCCACUCCACCGGCACCAAGUCUUAUCCUCCCUCCAUAUCAAACACGUAGUGGUCGGCAAAUCAGUAAACCGGCUCGCUACGUUCAUUUUGAGGACUAACAAAAGAAAAAUAAUUAAAAAUUAUUAUUAUCUUUUUCGUUUAGACAUUAUCAUCAUGACCGUUAGUAUUUCGUCGUAAACUUUGAUGUUACUAUCACUAUUAUUUAUUUAUAUGUACCUCACCAAAAAACAGGUAGUGUCCUUUCCAAAAACUAUUGAUCUUUAAUCCAUAUUUUUUUUAAUGUUUCUUUCCC